CGUUGGUUCUAUAUUUGACCAAAUUUAUAAGUAUAAAAUGUUUGAACUAUUGACUAGACGUCAGUCUUCAGACGGCUGCCACGUUGACCAAAUCCCUCCUACUUCGACUUCUACACCGACACCUGCACACCUAACUCAAAAUGCCACUUUACGAUCUCACCCAGACAUUGGAAAAAUGGGCCAAGAAACAUAGCGACUUUUCCGAAGAUGAGUUUAACAACGACCUGGCUCGGCUGGAGAUUGACACAAGCAAGCUCCGAGUGAUAAAUCAACACGGACCCCUGGACCCAGAAGAUGUUGAGAAGUGUUCGGGGGUCGUGUUCAAAUCCAGGUACACCAACAACUCCGACGUCCCCCAGGAACACACCUUCACCAUGGAGAGGCACACGGACGCCACGGUGACCACCACCUUGACCAAAGGCUUCACAACCGAUGGCAGCGUUGGUGUUAAGGUAAAGGUACCAGACGUCAUCACCAACGCCACCAGCAGCUUCGGCAAUGAAGUGACCAUCGCGACAGAGGACGUCAGCACCGUGAAACAUUCGCUGGCUUGGUCCAUCCACUCCAAGGUGAAGGUUGCACCCGGGAAGACGACAGUUGCAGAACUCAGGAUCAAUGAGGAGAAACAUAAGGUCAACUUCAAGUCGACGGUCAUCAUGAAAGGUCGGGUCCUUGCCCGUGUCUACAGGGGCGACAGCGAAAAGCCAAAGGUGAUAGAGUCAACGCUUGCUACCAUCUUGUCUGACACCAAUCCCCACCAGGCGCCUGAUGUCCGUAUUGAAAUGGAGACUGGAAAGGUGACAUGGGGUAUAUCUGGCACUCUCCACUUCCGGUUCGGUGUCUCUCAGGACUGCAAGGUCUAUCCCGAAACAUAGACACGUCCACUUAUACUGGAAGGAAAUCUAACGAUGUGAACGAACUGGCCUUGAGUGCGUUUAGGUGUUUAAAUCUGAAAUAAAGAAUUACAGAAUUAUAACUACGGUUAUAACGAACACGCUUAUAACGAACUAACGGAUAUAACGAACUAACUUUUUAGACCCGACUAUAUGCUGUAGGUAUGCUGUAUAUAUGCUUAUAACGAAUUACGGUUAUAACGAACUAAAAUUAAUAGUCCCUUUGAGUUCGUUAUAACCGUAGUUUACUGUACCUCUAGAGUAGAUGGUGUAGAUUGGAGAUACACAGAUUGAUACACUUUGUCAACGACAACCUCCUGGUGUCCUAUAGCAACACAACAGAGAAUAAUUAUAUCGUGUAUUUUCGUAUUGGCUUCAAACGAACUGAGUUUAAGAUCUUGUUUGAAUCGUACUAUGGAGUCUGAUUUGAGCUGGAAUGUAUUAUAAUUAUGGAUAGAUAUUUUAUCAGUUACAUCUGUAACUGUCAUUUUUUUGUUGACAGUUGACUAAUUUCGUGUGUAAUCACGAUUGAAAUU